CUCUGCCUUGUUUAACUUUUUAUCCUUCGUAGUGUGUCAGAGGUUCAAACAGCAGGACGAUGGCGGCCGCCCUGCAGCUGGAACCCACGCACACAGGAUGCAGAUGUGCUCAGUUGGAUCACAUAUGUCUCUGUGCUCAGAUGAGGACUGGGUUUCUAAAUGCCCAUCUGGAUGCAGACUUCAGGGUUUGAUCUCAGAAAUGGAAAGUAGCGUUGAAAGAAAACUGCAGGCGUUCUGUCAUAAGGCAGAGAUGUACGAAAACGCGAUGGAGAAGUCCAUGACAGAGAUGACGGACAUCUACAACUCGAACCGGAGGGUCAUUGUCAACAGAUACAUGUCUGAGGUUAGGUUUGUGGAGCGUGCAAACAGACUGAGUAGAAACCUCACUGAGCUACAGAGGAGGUCACAGUUUCUAGAGGAGAAAAUGAAGGAGUUGAGCAGCCGUGUGAGGAAACAGGUGGAGGAGUUGUAUCGAACGGAGGUGGACAUAGACAUGAAGCUGAGAACCUGCCAGGGAGCCUGUCGGGCGCCGCUGCUUUACACUGUCGAUCAUCACAGCUACCAGACGCUUCAGACCAACCUUGGCUUCACUGACAAAACCAUAAAACACAGAAUCAAACCGGUCAGGCCCCGCCCAAACAUUCCCCAAGUCAAGCUGCAGCGGGCCAACGUCGGCUCCCGACUGUCCGCAGAAUACAAGCAGAUCCCGAUGGUCCGGAAGGAACUGCUGUUGCAUUUUGAAGACAUUGAGCUGAAUCAUGUGGUGCUGGUGGAGGAUCAGUCUGCUGAGGUGAAAGGUCCAACACAGAAGAGCGACCUCCUCGGGACAAAACUCGGCAGUACAUCUACACCUUAUGGAGAGAGACAUUCUUAUGAGGACUAGAAUGUUUAUAUUUUGGACAAAGAAGAUUGAGAAGAUAGUUUGAGAGGGGUGUGAAGGAAGUCAUCUAUAAUAAAAAAAGAAAAACCAACCUUAUACAGAGGGGUGGACUCCAAAUGAGUUUCAAUACAGCAAUAUAGUUUAUUCCUUCCCGCUAUCAUUGCUGCCCCACCCCCACGCAGGGGAGCAGAGCACCUCUUUGUUCAGCCAUGCCAACAAUUCCCUCUAACGACCCCCCUUUCAAAGAUAUUGACAGGUAUUGGGUAUUGCAGGCUAACAAAGAACCCAAAGACUGCCCAUUCCCAAGGGGCGGACCCGUUCGUCCAUUUAUAUUUGCAUGACGUUUAACUUCUUGUUUUGGUUUAGAAAACAACAAACAAGGUUCUGUUUUUUAGUCCACUCUAUAAAGUCUUUAACUCAAUG